GAGGCCCGCGUCCGCCCACCGGCAACAUGUUCUCGGCGCUGAAGAAGCUGGUGGGCACCGAGCAGCUCCCGGGCAGGGACAAGCUCAUCCCGGCCGGACUGCAGUCCAUGAACCAGAGCCUCCAGAGGAGGUUCGCCAAGGGGGUGCAGUACAACAUGAAAAUACUAAUUCGCGGUGACAGGAACACGGGAAAGACAACUCUAUGGCACCGACUGCAAGGGAAGAAGUUUGUGGAGCAGUACAUCCCAACUCAGGAGAUCCAGGUCACCAGCAUUCACUGGAACUACAAAACAACCGAUGACAUUGUGAAGGUUGAAGUGUGGGAUGUAGUGGAUAAAGGUAAAAGCCGAAAGAAAGGAGAUGGGUUAAAACUGGAGAAUGACCCCCAAGAGUCUGAUGCUGAGCUGGCGCUAGAUGCCGAGUUUCUCGAUGUCUACAAGAACUGCAAUGGCGUUAUAAUGAUGUUUGAUAUUACCAAGCAGUGGACCUUCAGCUAUAUUAUGAAAGAACUUCCCAAAGUGCCUAACCACAUUCCCGUCUGUGUGCUUGGGAAUCACCGUGACAUGGGAGAGCAUCGCGUCAUCCUGCCCGAUGAUGUCCGGGAGUUUAUAGAAAGUUUAAAUAGUACGCCCAGAUUAUCCUACAUCCGAUAUGCAGAGUCUUCAAUGAGAAAUGGCUUUGGUUUGAAGUAUUUGCACAAGUUUUUCAAUAUUCCUUUUCUUCAGUUGCAGCGGGAAACAUUAUUGCGGCAACUGGAAACCAACCAACUGGAUGUGGACGCUACGUUGGAGGAGCUUUCUAUGCAGCACGAAACUGAGGACCAGAACUAUGAGCUGUUUCUUGAGGUGAUGGAUACCAAGAGUCGGAGUUGUGCGUCUCCAUUAGCAACCAAUGGCCAAAGCCCAUCACCCGGCUCGCAGUCUCCUGUCGUCCCCCCAAACUCAGCCUCCACAACCAACUCCAGCCCAGGAACUCCUCAAACUCCACUACAGGCUCUUCCUGCGCCGUCGCCAUCUCCUCCACCUCCAUCAGCGUCCCCCAGCCCCGUGCCGGCCCUCGAUCCCCAGCCCACAUCCCCGGGCAUGCCUUCACCGACCAUCCCCAGCCCCGCGGCUGCUCCUCAGAAACGCAGCCUCAUGUCCCGGCUCUUUGGCUCAUCGUCAACACCCGAGACGCCCACAGCCAAACCGGAUAAAGCAGUGACCGUGACCUCGGAGGGUCAGGAGAAGGUGCAGAGUGUUGAUGACUUUGUUCCCGAAGAAGGGUUGGACAAGAGCUUUCUGGAGGACGCACAGUCUCAGAGGGGAAAAGAGAAUCCAGAGAUUCGAGAGGGACAGGAGAGCGACAGUGAUGGAGAGAGACGAGGCAAUCCCAUGGUUGACCGUUUCCAGGACGACUUGGAUUUUGACGACCAGAUUCCCGAGAAGCCGAAAGUGAAGUCACAAGUUCCUAGUAAAGAUGUAACCUUCUCCAGCGACGAAGAGGACGGUGCGAAGGUUGCCAUGAUGACGAGCGAAGAUAUGGAUUCGGAAGAAGAAAUGAAAAGGGCUUCCAAAGGUUCAUCAAAAUCCAAGAAUGUCAUGGCUUCCACCAAACUCAGUGAACAGAAACCUGGGGUCAUGUUACCAAGCCCGAUCCAGCCAGAGCCACUCAGCAGCUUAAAGACUGCCUCCCAUUUGGCUGCUGACUCCUCCCUGAUGCCCACCUCCUGUGUGACCACAUCGGCUGCAGUUCCAACGCUCGCUUCAGCUUCCAAAGCGGGCAGCAAAGGUCCGAGCAAGUCCAAAGCGCAGGAGAACAAGGAAUCUUCAGAGAGUGACCUCGAGGGCCCGAUCGCCACUCAGCUGCUCUCCUUUGUGAUGGACGAUCCUGAUUUUGAAAGUGAAGAUUUGGACAAAAAAAUAAAGACGGAAGAGUUUCCCGUACGAGAGGACCCGUCCGAGGUCUCGGAAGAUGACCUGACUCCUGUGAAGCUAACAGUUCCGCUGAAUCCUCUCAAACAUUCGCUAAAGCCGGCCAACGACUUGGAUCUGUUUGGGUUGGGCGCCGAGGAAAAGACAGUAGCAGCACUCGAGAACAGCAGUGAAGAUAAAACCAGCAAACUCUCCUCAAAAGACAAGAAAAAGAAGAAAAAAGUAAAAGAUGUGAAGGAGGAGGAGGAAAAAUUGGAAAAAAAGAAACACAGGCACAAGAAAGGCAAAGAGAAGGAGCCAGGUUUAGAGGAGGAGAAGAAGAGGAAGAAGAAACUGAAGAGUAAGGAUAAGACUGACGGAGAAGUCGAUGAUUUGGAAAUGUUUCUGGCUGGCAGUGGUGACGGACAUAACCCAAGUGGUAGGGGCGCUGGAGACUAUGAAGAGCUAUAGACUUGUUUCUUUCAUUAUGUCUGCUGUAUUAUUUUGCUGUAGUUACUUACCUUGUUGUUUUUACAGUGUAUUCCUCAAGGUUUCAAACGUCCCCAAAAGAAUAUCCCUUUCAUUUGUGGUGGAACAUUUGUGGUGUUCCUCGUGACAUUUACAUCCAUUUUGUUUCUUUUUUUUUUGUCGUUAAAUAUUUUGAUUGCUUUUCAAGAAUGUUACAUAGGACCCAGAGGUAACAGUGCGAGAGGGAUUUGAUGUUUGUUCCUUCUUCUGUUCUACAUGAAGAAUGGAUUGGCUGGCUGGCCGGCAAUGGACUUUUUAUGAACUAUUGAUAGGCUUGACAGUUUCUGACUUGAAGUGGUAAAAAAUUGUCAUUGAUUUCUCAAAAAACAGGAAAAUUAAUUCCCGUUGUUAAAUACUGGGACUGGGUAACUUUUUUUUUUAGCCCUUUGAACUCUAAAAGUGACCAGCAUCGUCAAUUUCGCCGGUAAAACAUGCAGUCGAUUUACUUCACAGUGUAUUCCGUGGAGCGCGUUGAGACAUCUAGAAGACGUGGUAAGGUGCUAUACCAAAUGCAAGGUUUGCUUUGAUGAGCAUCACAAGCUGUGUGCUCAUAGCAGCAUCAGCGGCACCCAGGAAGUGGCAUCGGUGAUGACCUUGUGACUUGCGAGUCGGCCAUUUGGUGGCUGAAAAGAUUACAAAAAACAUUGUGAGUAAAAUCCCCCCCC